CAGGGAUGCGAGAAAAGAGGGGAACAACACAUGAUGUAUCCAUAUAUGAAUUAUGUUUUUAAUAAUUUAAAAAACAAAAAGCAUGUUUACACGUUCUUGCAUGAAUUGGUAAUUAGACCUUGCUAUUAGUUUAAUUUUAUGGUAGUUUUCACGCUAGCAUACUACUUGCAAUCAAAGGGUUUGUAAACUACUAGUGUGGAAAGUACAUGCAAUGUUUUUGUUUUAAUGUGUAAUUUUGGAAGCUAGGCAUAGUGAUAAAUGUCUGUACUCCCAGGAAGCUGGAGUAGGGUAACAAGUUCAAGGGCAGGCCUGGGCCCAUGGUAUUUUUACAUUUUGUAAAAUGAUGGUUUUGAUCAUAUUAACUUAUUUCACAUAAUUACUUAGAUGAGCAUAGGAUGUAGCUACUUGAGAACAUGUUGUAUUAUUUACCUGGCUGACAAUAGCUGGGAUUCCAGUAAAAGAAAGGACAUCUACAGUAGGAGAAAAAAGUCACAAUUUUUGUAUUUUAGUCACUGGUCUCUUCAAGGAGUACUUUUUAACACCUACCCUCUGUUGUGGGCUAUUUUAGAUAUGAAGGGUGCAGCACUGAAUCAAAAAUAAACAUGUUAUAGUACUUAUUGAUGACAUGAAAUAGUUAAAUGUGUAUUUAGGCUAUUUCAGAUGAUAAGUGUUAAGGAGAAAAAAUGAGGUAAUAAGUGCAUGUAAUGCUUUUGCACUAAGUUUCUCAUAACUUAAAACUUUCUUCAACUCUGAACUUAUGUGGAAAUGGCACCAUAAACUGAAAAGAAAAUGUAGAUUCUUUUUCCUGGGUGUAACUCAGCCAAUAGGAACCACAAUUAUUGAAUGUAGGCUGCAUAGAAUUUGAAAGAAAAUCCAGAGGAAUUAAUCAUUUUUUUCUGAAAGAUUUUUAAUAAAUGACGUUGAUAUAUGCUACAAAUUUUACAAACUGAUCACUACUCUGUCUUCUUUCAUUUCUGUUUCCCUCGGAGUUCAGGGUGUGAGGACCAUAUCUGUGUUGCUUAUUCCUGUAUUUUUCAGAACCUGACUCUCAACAGUAUUUUUUCUUUGAAUGAAGGACUGAUUAAAGUUGCAUGAUUUAGUGAUUACAUCGGUUUCCAAAUUUCUGAUAACCAAAUAGGUUUUGUAGCAUAGUGGUUAAAAUAAAAUACAACGCAUGGUGGCGCUGCAGGCUAAGGCUGAAAAAAGAAAAGAAAAGGAAAAAAAAAAAACACAGCUGGUGACUGCUACAAACUCUACUUCAAAUCUCCAGCCCAAAAGACCUUCAGCAGAGCUUGGUCCAACAAGUCUACGGAGAAUACUGUACAUCAACCUUUCAGGACAGAUUGUCAACUGGCAGAUCGACCACCGUUCAGUGCAAUUUCUUCCUGAAGUAUUGCUGUUCCCUGUCCCUGGAAAGGCUUGUGCAGAAGGAAAGAUGGAGACCAAAUGGGAGCGCAAACAAAGGCAAGUUCUGAGCAUAUUUCUAUUACUGAGACUGGCUCAAGCAGUAUUGGAGCCCCGUAGCUACUUUGUACUGGAGGAAACAGAGAAUGGCUCUUUCGUGGCGGACCUGGCCAAUGACCUGGGGCUGGGAGUGAGGGAGCUAGCUGCGCGGGGGGCACGCGUGGCCACUGAGGAUAACGAACCACGCUUACAGCUUAAUCUGCAGACUGGGAGGUUGAUACUAAAGGAGAAGCUGGACCGGGAGAUGCUGUGUGGCCCCAAUGAGCCCUGUGUAAUGCGUUUCCAAGUACUACUGAAAAAUCCACUGGAGAUAUUUCAAGCCGAGCUACUGGUAGGAGACGUAAAUGAUCAUUCUCCUGAGUUUCCUGAAAGAGAAAUGACUCUGAAAAUCGUAGAGAACAGCCCUUCUGGGACUGUGUUUCCUCUUAAAAAUGCUCAGGACUUGGAUGUGGGCAGCAACAACAUUCAGAACUAUAAUAUUGGUCCGAACUCUCACUUCCACGUUUCUAUCCAGGACCAAGGGUCUGGCAGGAUAUACCCAGAGCUGGUGUUGGACAGGGAGCUUGAUCGUGAAGAGCAGGAGGAGUUUAGGUUAACUCUGACUGCGCUGGAUGGCGGCUCUCCGCCCAGGUCUGGCACAGCUCAGAUCCGCGUUUUAGUCUUGGAUGUCAACGACAAUGCGCCUGAGUUUGCCCAAACUCACUACGAGGUGCAGAUCCCAGAGAACAGUCCUUUAGGUUCCCUGGCUGUUAAGGUCUCUGCUACGGAUUUUGAUUCAGGGAUAAAUGGAGAGAUAACAUACUCCCUUUUUUAUAGUUCUCAGGAUAUAAGCAAUACUUUUGAAUUAAACACGCUUUCAGGAGAAGUUCGACUAAUUAAAAUGCUGGAUUUUGAGACAAUAUCAUCCUAUGAACUGGGCAUAGAGGCUUAUGAUGGCGGAGGCCUUUCAGGAAAAUGUUCCGUAUCAAUUAGGGUGGUGGAUGUUAACGAUAAUUAUCCAGAGCUAAUUCUGUCAUCACUAAAUAGCCCCAUUCCUGAAAAUUUCCUCGAGGUAGAAGUGGCUCUGUUUCGUACUCGAGACCGAGACUCUGGGGAAAAUGGCAGAAUGGUUUGUUACAUCCAGGAUGGUGUUCCCUUUAUGCUAAAACCUUCCAUUGACAACUUCUACAAGCUGGUGACAGAGGGACCACUGGACAGAGAGAGCAGAGACGAGUACAACAUCACCAUCACCGUCUCAGAUAUGGGCACACCCAGGCUGAAAACGGAGCACAACAUAACAGUGCAGGUGUCCGACGUGAACGACAACGCCCCAGCCUUCAGCCAAACCUCCUACACCCUGCUGGUCCCAGAGAACAACAGCCCUGGCCUGCACAUAGGCACAGUGAGCGCCACAGACAGAGACUCAGGCACCAAUGCCCAGAUCACCUACUCGCUGCUGCCGCCCCAGGAAGGCGACCAAGACCCGCAGCUGGCCCUCGCCUCGCUGCUGUCCAUCCACGCGGACAGCGGGCAGCUGUUCGCCCUGCGCGCGCUGGACUACGAGGCGCUGCGGGCCUUCGAGUUCCGCGUGGGCGCCGCCGACCGAGGCUCGCCCGCGCUCAGCAGCCAGGCGCUGGUGCGCGUGCUGGUGCUGGACGCCAACGACCACGCGCCCUUCGUGCUCUACCCGCCGCACAACGCGUCGACGCCCUGCACCGAGCUGCUGCCCAGGGCGGCCGAGCCCGGCUACCUGCUCACCAAGGUGGUGGCGGUGGACGGCGACUCGGGCCGCAACGCCUGGCUGUCCUUCCAGCUGCUGCAGGCCAGCGAGCCCGGGCUGUUCAGCGUGUGGGCGCACAAUGGCGAGGUGCGCACCGCCAGGCUGCUGAGCGAGCGCGACGCGCCCAGGCACAGGCUGCUCGUGCUGGUCCAGGACAAUGGCGAGCCGCCGCUGUCGGCCAGCGUCACGCUGCACGUGCUGCUGGUGGACGGCUUCUCGCAGCCCUACCUGCCCGUGGCCGAGGGCGCGCGCGACCAGGCGCCGCCCGACGCGCUCACUGUCUACCUGGUCAUCGCCCUGGCGUCCGUGUCCUCGCUCUUCCUCUUCUCUGUGCUCGUGUUGGUGGCGGUCAGGCUGUGCAGGAGGAGCGGGGCGUCCUCGCUGGGCGGCUGCUCUCUGCCUGAGGGCCACUUUCCUGGACACCUGGUGGACGUCAGCGGGGCGGGGACGCUGUCCCACACCUACCAGUAUGAGGUGUGUCUGACUGGAGACUCUCAUAGUAAUGAGUUCAAAUUUUUAAGACCUGUCUUGCCCAAUAAUCUGGGCCAGGUCCCCAAUAGGCUAUCAGCAGACAAUUCAACUUUCCCAAAUAUCUUAAGUAUCUAAAACUUCUCUAUUGUCUAUUCUCUGUAUUAGUUCUAUCACCUUUGGUUUUUACUUUUCUAGCUCAAUAGUAAUGUUUAAUUCUACCCUUUUUUUUUUCUUUUCUCUACUGUUUUUAAGUCGUAUAAUUAUAUGCUUGUUGGCAUGUUGUUUGUUUUUCCAAUUACAUGACGAUGGUUUUUUUUGCCACAUUGGGGAUCAAACCCAAGAUCUCACACAUACUAGGUAAAUGCUAUACCACAGAUAUAUCCCCUGCCCUCUAUCCUAUUAUUAGUAAAUAUUUUCCACUAGGAAAGAUCAUAUUGAUGGAAUUUGCAAUAAUUUCCUGAAGUUAUUUAAUGCCUUCUUAUAAAAACAAUUCUGGCCAGGUGUGGUGGUUCACACCUUUAAUCUCAGCACUCAGGAGGCAGAGGCUGGAGGAUCACCAUGAGUUCAAGGCCACCCUGAGACUGUAUAGUGGAUUCCUGGUCAGCCUGGACCAGAGUGAGACCCUACCUCGAAAAUCCCAAAACAGGAAAAAAAUUUCUAAUUUAAGGGCUAAGGAUGUAAUUCAGUUGGUAGGAUGCUUGCCAUGUCCAAGGCCUCUGGCACAGCACACACCUAUCAUAUGAUAUGAACCUUGUAAUCCUGCCACCCAGAGGUGGAAGCAGCAGAAUCAAGAGUUCAAGAUCAUACUUGGCUCCAAAUAGAAUAUAAGGACAGCCUGAGCUAUAUAAGAGCCUGUCUUGUAAAUUAAAAAAAAAAAAAAAAAAAAGGCCAGUCAUAGUGGUGCA